GCAUGCUUAAAUUCCGGGAUCACGACUGUCCUUGGGAUUUAGUAGAUGACGGGUGCCCAUGGCCGGGGCUGCAUGUGGCGGCCAUCUUGAAGUCCUAAAGUGGGCGAGCAGGAAUGGAUGUCCAUGGGACGAGCGGACUCGUACGGGGGCAGCAAAAGGCGGGCAUAUUCAAGUUUUGCAGUGGGCAAGAGAGAAUAGGUGCGCGUGGGACAGCGACACUUGCGCGGGGGCUCCCUGGGGACAGCACCUUGAUAUUUUGCGCUGGGCAAGAACGAACGGCUGUCCGUGGGAUAAACGGGCUUGCUCGAUUGCGGCCAAACGCGGGAACCCUCUCAACAGUCUGCAAUGGCUGCGUAGAAACGGUUGUCCUUGGGAUAGUGACACUGCACGCAGGCAGCCGCGGGUGGGCACCUUGGAUUUUUGACUUGGGCCCUAGCCGAUGAUUGCGCAUGGGACUGGCGCCUUUCCCACGCGACAGAUGCCAACGGUUUUGGUUACAUUCGUCACUGGGUGGAGAGUCACGUUUGGGGGGCACUCGCAAGCCACCAUUCAGCUCGAUAUCGACUUGUGAAGCUAAAUAGGCGAAGUGUGUCGAAUGCGUUAGAUAGACACAACGCGGGGCACUCGCACGUUCAGCUCGACAUCAACUUGUGAAGUGUGUCGAAUGCAUUAGAUAGACAGAACGUUGCCACCGUUCAGCUCGAC